AUGGAGGGGCGAAGCCGGGGGCUGCUGCUGCUGCUGGCCGCCCUGGCCGGCGCGCAGUACGAGAAGUACAGCUUCCGCGGCUUCCCGGCGGCCGAGCUGCUGCCGCUGCAGCGCGCCUACGCCUACGCGCUGGAGCAGUACGAGGGCGAGGGCUGGCAGGAGAGCGCCCGCGCCCUGGAGGCCAGCCUGCGCCUCCACCGCCUGCUGCGCGACAGCGAGGCGCACUGCCACCGCGAGUGCGCCGGCGGGGCUGGCGAGGCGCCGGGGGAGCCCCGGCUGGGGGAGCCGGCCGCCGGAGAGCCGGACGAGGCGCUGGCCGAGCUGGAGGUCUUCGGGCGCGUCCUGCGGCGCGCCUCCUGCCUGCGGCGCUGCAAGCGCGGCCUGCCCGCCUUCCAGCUGCGCUACCCGCCGGCCGAGACCCUGCGCGACUUCCAGCGGCGCACCCCUUACCUGUACCUGCACUACGCGCUCUACAAGGCAAAUAAGAUUGAGAAAGCCGUAUCCGCGGCUCACACUUUCCUGCAGAAGAAUCCCAAGCAUGAGGUGACUCGGAGGUACUUGAAUUACUACAAAACUAUGGUGGAUGUGGACGAGUACCUUGUGGACCUGGAAGCGCAACCAUAUGAGACAGUUUUUGUGCGAGCUGUGAAGCUGUACAACAGCGGGGAUUUCCGGAGCAGCAUCGCAGACAUGGAGCAUGCAUUAGCCGAGUACUACAAGGUUUACGAGAACUGCCUGGCUGGCUGUGAAGGCAGCUACGAGGUCCGCGACUUUAAGGAUUUCUAUCCAGCCAUUGCAGAUCACUUUGUCGAAGUCCUACAAUGCAAAGUGGAUUGUGAGGCUGACCUGACCCCAAACGUAGGUGGCUACUUUGUGGAGAAGUUUGUAGCCACAAUGUAUCACUACCUUCAGUUUGCGUAUUACAAGUUGAAUGACAUCAAGAACGCAGUUCAGAGUGUGGCCAGCUACAUGCUCUUCGACCCCGGAGAUGAGGUCAUGCAGCAGAACCUGGUCUAUUAUCGCUUCUACCGUGAGCGCUGGCACCUGGAAGAGGAAGACUUCAACCCACGGCCGGAGGCUUCGCAGUAUCACAACCAGACAUCCGCACAGAAAAAGCUCUUGGAGUUUGCCGGGCAGUACCUCCAGUCAGAUGAUGAGGCGGAGGUGGGCGAUGACGAGGAGAUGGAUUCUGAGUCGCUGUCCGAUGCAGAGUUCGAGGGGUUCGGCGACUACGAAGAAGGGUUUCUGGCCCAGUGGUGGCAGGAGCCACGAUCCAAGGGCGACAGAGCGGAUGAAGAGAAGGCCGAGUGAGUGGCACGGUCCUCA